GUUUGUGACGUUGGGUAACAUAACCUAUAUCAUAGUUAUUUACAUUUUAAGUUAAGUCUGGUUAAGUACACGUGAGUUUUGGGAAGAAGAUGCAGUUAACAAUGUCGAAAGGGUUUAAUAAAGAGGAAGUACGUAAAAUGCUUCAGAAAGAAGAACAAUUUAUUUCCCAUAUAUUAUCUAUAAUGCCCGUGUCGACGCAUGAAUUAGUUGAAAAAAAUGAUCCAUCAAUGAAGGAAGAAGAGCCUACAAAAAAAGUGAAGAAUUUUGCUAUACCAGGUAAAAAGACUAAAAGAGCACAGUCCUUUAAAGAGUUACAUGCAAAAUUGGAGGAAUUAAAGGGCGUAAAGAAGUUACACUACAAACAAAAACUUCUUAAAAAAACUUUGAAAAAUAAACUGAAAAAUAAAACGAAAAAGGAAGAUAAAAUAAAGACGGAAAAUGAGGAAAUACCAAAAGUGCCAAAACCUAAACCAGUUUUUAAUUCGGAAGGUAAAAUGGUGUUUAGCAAAUUUGACUUCUCUGAGAUUGGCGUAAAGAAGAAAUUACCUAAGAAUCAGAAUGACUCUAAAAAGAUGUUACAACAACUACAACAGAAAAAGGAAAAAUUAAAGCAAUUAGAAGAUUUAGGAGAUAAGGAAAAAGCUGAAGACAUUAAAGAAAAAGAUGCAUGGAAAUCUGCAUUGGCAAAAGCAUCUGGUGAAAAGGUUAAAGAUGAUCCUGAAUUGCUGAAACGUACUAUAAAACGGAACGAGCAGAAAAAGAAAUACAGCGCAAAUAAAUGGAAUUCCAGGAUAGAGAACGUACAGAAAUCUAUGCAGGAAAGGCAAGAAAAGCGACGAGAAAAUAUUAUGAAAAAGAAAAAGGAGAAGAAACAGAAUAAAUUCAAAAAGGCAGCGAAGAAAGGACGCAUAAUACCCGGAUUUUAAUCGUCGAUUAUUUACAGCUAUAAUUGCAAAUUGACUCUGUAAAAUUUAUGUUAUUAC